ACUUCUCCUUAGACCAUGUUUGAUCUCCAGCAAAAACCUGUCAGAAACCAACACUUUUCUUUCAAUCCAGUUUAUAAAUCAAAUAGCAGUUAUCUCAGCAAAAGAACAACAGAUUUUGAUUUUCGAAACUCGCCAAGAACCGAAAAUUCCGAGAGCUCUGGUGGGAGUUCUGAUGGUUCGGGGGGCAAUGAAAUAGAGUUCCAAACUCAAACACAGAUUGCAGAUGACUAUAUUGUGUAUUCCCCACCUUUCUGGACGAGAAAGUCAUCAAGAAACAUUGGAUAUGAAGUUGCUUCUCCUUUGCUUCCAUACAAGCAAACGUACAGUUAUCCAUCCCCCACAUCGCGAUUGCAGGCAAUUGAAGAUGGUCAAAGGGAACUCAUGGAGAUGGUUGAGAACAUCCCCGAGUCUGGCCACCAUUACAGUUAUCCAUCCCCCACCUCACGGUUGCAGGCAAUUGUAGAUGGGAAAAGAGAACUUCUGGAGAUGAUUGAGAACAUUCCUGAGUUUUCGUAUGAACUCUCUCUCAAAGAUAUAGUGGAUGAGCAGCAAAACAUGCAAGGUGGCCAACAGGGUUUAGUAAUUGAAGAGAGGAGUUUGAAGUUGAAGACCGAACUCAGAAUUAAGCAAAAGAAAACAAAAACGUCCAAGAGGAGACAAAUAUCUAGAAGUGAAAGCAUGGGGAGUGGAGUUUUCCUGCUAAAGAUGUUCCUCCCAAUUCCUCUAUAUUCAAAGAAGAAAUCAACUACAGGAAAAUGUUCUAAGGUUUCUCCAAGGCCAACAUUAGGAGGAUCUGAGAAGCCAGUCGAUACAGAAUGGUGGAAAAAGAGAUUUCUAGUCACAGGGCCGAAGGAGAAUACUAGUAGUAUCAGCAGAAACCCCAGUAGCAUCAACAGCAGCGAACACAGGUACGGUGAAAUUAGCUUGCCACUGGGUUGCUGGUCCUUUCGUGGCAAGAACUGCAAAUCAAGAAGACACAAGGGGUGGUGCUUCUAAAUGUUAGCAGCAUAAGAACAAGUUUUUAAUGGAGCCAGAUUUCCUAGUUGAAUCAUGCAAAAUAAAAUCAUGUAAGUACGGCAUAUUUCCGUUUUAAGUGCUGGGCCUGCUGGCAUUACCUAAAUUCUCAAAUCUUGGGAGAUUCUUCAUUUGCAAAUACGGGACAGUGCAGUUUUUGAUGCUGAUACAAGCAUGUAAUUACUGGUAACCCUGCUGAAACUAUAACUGGAGCAAAAGGAUAGUGGAAGAUCACAAAUUGUAACCUGAAGUCAAUAAUAUCUAGUUCUGAUUGUCAAAGUACACUGGUCUUUCAGAUGAUUGAUUAA